AUGGGCCGGUUUUGGGGUGACAACGAGAGUGACCCUGUCAAGAAGCUCGACCCAGGCCUUCGCGAGUUCCUCGAGCAGGAGACGCCCGAUAAUUAUGUCCCUGCGCCCGAUGUGAAGCAACCAGCACCUACAGCCUCGCCCUCGCUGUCCCUCAGCUCACAAGAAGCCGACCAUUCAUCAGAGCCUAAAGUCCCUGCUGCAUCUCUCUACCAGGAUGGUCGCUAUGCCGAUCUGUGGAAGACCUACAAACCGCCGAGCAAUAUGGAUGGUCGCACCUCUGGCGUCCGCGGGGCGGAGCGAGUGGUUGAAAAGCACCAUGAGCGCGGGGAUACUGUGCAGCGAGCAGCAAUGGAGAAUUGUGCUCUGGAAAAUGAGGCUUUGACCUUUUGCUUCAAGAAUGGAGACUGGAAGAAGCAGAUUGAGUCCCGGUUGACGAUGUGCUCCGCAGAGAAAUCGACUUUCUCGCGAUGUUACGAAACACAGAGCAAAUUCCUCCAGGCGCUGGGCUACGCCGCAUCCCUCGAAUACGAUGCCGAAAAGGAAGAGCGGAUUCAAGUGCACGCCGACAAGCUGUACCACCAAAUGCUAGACUACGAAAAGAAAGUGAAGGAGGCAAAGGCAGCUGGAACUGAACCUCCUCCUCUCACCUCCCUCUUCAAUCCCGACAAGAAGUCUCAUGUUGAAGGUGUGGCGGGCACGAAGGUUGAGAUCCCUGGCGGAGAGGCCGUUCCACCUGGUUUCAAGCCAUCCAAGCCCUUGAUCAAGCUCACACCUCACGAACGUGAGCUGGAGAUCCGAUCCUACAAUGCUCAGCGGGAACAACAGAAGACAUAUGUGGAAGAGGCUACCCCAUUCAUUAAGAGCCAAGCGGAGGCCGGGACGAAGCGACAGGAGAGGGCUGUCAGCUGGUUUGGAGAGACGAUUGGAAAGUGGAUCUCAUAA